CCCACCGUUACGUCAUCGCGUGGCCCCGCCCCCGCCACGCGUUCCCGCGGUUCCGGCCCGAGCCGCCAUGGCCGAGGUCGCGCCCCCCCCUCAGGAGCCGCCGGGGGCCGAGAGCGACCCCAGAGGGGGGCUGGGCAGGCUGUCCCCCCCCGGCUGGGCCUGGCGCUGGCUCGGGGCGCGCCGGGCGGGGCUGCGGCCGUGGGGGUCGUUCCUGGACCAGCGGCGAUUUGGGGUCCCCCGAGAUUUGGGGGAGCUGUGGCGGCGCCUGGGGCAGAACGCCGAGAGGUUCCAGAGCAACUACCUGCUGCUGUUCCUGGCGCUGCUGCUCUACUGCCUUUUGAGCUCCCCGCUGCUCCUCGUUGCUCUCGGGGUGUUUUUCGGCGUCGCCGUUCGGCUCCGGGCCCGGGAGGCGCCGCUGGUGCUGCUGGGCCGUGAGUUAAGCCCCGCCCACCAGCUGGGCGUGGCCGCCGGGGUUUCCCUGCCCCUGUUCUGGCUGGCGGGGGCGGGGGCGGCGCUCUUCUGGCUGCUGGGAGCCGCUCUGGUGUUUUUGGGGUCCCACGCGGCGUUCCGGGAGUUGGAGCCCCCCGAGAGCGCCGAGCUGCAGAUGGAGCCCGUGUGACCCAAAAUAUCCCGAAUUCACCCCAAAAUCUCCCCAAAA